AUGAAUUCACGUGCGAAAGCCCUAAUUUUUUAUGGAGCUUUGAGUACUAUUAUAUUGGUUGUGUUGGUUUUUCAAUUUGAUAAGGUAUCUUACAGUCCAUCACUUUCUUCGAACCUUUUCUCCGCCUCGAACAUUGAAUUAUGGAACCGUUUUAGUAGACCUCAAGCAAUAGGUGACGCUGAAAAAGUAGAAAAAGUAUCGAUCGACAAAAAUUGUGAAUGCAUAUCCAAGAAGACACAAAAGUCUUAUGAUUUUUGCUAUAAGAAUCCCAAGAACGCAUCUCUAAUUGGUCGAAAGUUUAACUGCAGUUAUCUAAAAAUAUUAGAGGAUUUGAAACUUGUCGACGCCCCGGAUCAAUCUUUAGUGGAUCUUGCUAAUCCAGAUAGAAACGAAACUAUUUUUGUAUCAGCGAUAUCAGACAAUCAUUUUGGAAAUUUUAAGGAAAUGUACAAACUAAUCAAACAACAUUGGCCGAAUCAAAAAGUCAUCCUUUAUUCCUUAGAGCUAUCAGCUAUCUACAUUAAAAAACUGAAAACCGAGCGAAAUGUCGAAGUUAGGGAAUUCGACACCUCGAAGUAUCCGAAACAUGUCAAGAAUUGGGCGGAGUAUCGGUUCAAAGCGUUAAUUUUAGCGGAAGCAAUCCGUGAUUUUCCUAAUUUCUGGUGGACAGAUUCUCAUAAUCGAUGGAAUCGACCGAAACCGCUUGCACAGUUCUACGGAGAGAUUGCAAAAUGUAUGGGAGACGUGGAUUGCGACAAGAAGUCAUCGAUAUUCAUGUUUGUCAAUGCAUCGCAUAGCAACUAUGCAGUUCUCACUGAUGGGCUACUCGACUAUUUCCCCACUUAUGGUGUCAACACUUUGAAAUAUAACGAUAAAGGGUUACAGCUAUCCGCUGCAUUCGUGUACCUUGCCAGGACACCACAGACACUAGAGAUUUUGAAAUGGCACACUCUCUGUGCUCUUGAGGAAAGAUGUAUGAAUCCACCGUCAGCUAAACAGAAAUGCGACCGAGAACCACAAUGGGAUAUAUAUGCAGGAUGCUUCCGGUACGAUCAGUCUUCUCUCAAUCUGCUGAUGUUCAAUUUGUUUCGAGACCAUAAUCAUUAUUUUAUGGAUGCUGGAGAGAUUUCGAGAACUUAUAGUCAUUAUUAA